AUGGCCAGGGACAUUGAACACCCUCAGCAUCUAGGAGAAAAUUUUCAUGCGCUCGUCGGGGUUGAGGAUGAUCCUCAUCGCGCAGCGCUCGCGGACAACCCCGAGCACAUUGCCGUUAACUCUAGGGUUUGGAUUGCCAUCUUGUGCAUGGCUAUUUCGUUCGGCCCUGCUGUCGCUCUCGGCUUCACCUGCAUUUCCUCCAUUGUUGUCCCGGUCAGCAAUGUCCUUGGAGCAGACGUCGAUUAUGCUUGGAUCGUCGGCGCUUGGUCUCUGGCAUCAGCAUGCUCCUUCUCACUCGCUGGGCCUCUAAGCGAUAUCUUCGGCCGCAGGGAACUCAUUCUCGCAGGCCAGUUUGUCGUUACGAUCGGCUGCAUCGUGUCAGGAGUCGGGAAGAACGUGGCAACCCUGGUUGCGGGCGAGACCCUCAUCGGCCUAGGUACCGGCUUCGUUUUCGUCUCGUACGCUGGCGUUCCGGAGAUGCUGCCAAACAAGUGGCGUGCCGUGGGCGUAGGAAUCCUAGAGGGCGGCGUCAUGGUUCCGUGGGGAAUGGCUGGUGCUCUCUUCGCGGCUGUAAUGUUAAAGAAGGCCUCGUGGCGCUGGCUCUUUUAUAUUGGCGCAAUUGUCGAGGCUCUCGCUCUUAUCGGAACAGCCGCCUUCUACUGGCCGACAUCUAGACCCCGAGGUGACUUCGACAAGUCACGAUGGCAGCAACUCCAGGAGAUCGACUGGAUUGGCCUAAGCAUGUUCACUCUCGGCCUGGCGACCGUUCUCGUUGGUCUGACCUGGGGCGGCAGCCCGGACCACCCCUGGGACAGCGCGAGUACCCUUGUUCCAAUCUUCAUCGGAUUAGCAGUUGUGAGCCUUGCCUUCGUCUAUGACUUCAAGGUCGCUACGUCUCCGCUCUUUCCCUCGAAGCUGUUCAAGAUGUGGCGCGGCUUUGUCGUACUACUCAUCGGACUAUUCGUCUCGGGCAUGAAUUUCAACGCCAUGUCUGCUCUCUUGCCACAGGGAUCUCUCUACAUGUUCACUACCAACAAUAUUGAGGUCGGGCUGCUCUCGCUCCCAUUGAAUGUCGUUACCACUUUUGCGGGUUCCGUCAUCCCCAUUCUCGCGCAUAAAAUCGGACAUGUUAAAUGGCUCUACGUGGCCGGCAUGGCCUUGCAAGCCAUCUUCAUCGGCGCCAGUGCCAGUGCCGUCAACCCCAAUAAUAAAUGGGCUUGGGCUUUUGUUCCUGCCUUUGGUGUCCCCAUGUUCGUCAUGGUCACCAUUCUAGGCUACGCCAUUGCCAGUCUUCACGUUCCACACUCACGACUUGGCGUGGCUAUGGGACUGCUAGGCACAUUUCGCUCGGCUGGUGGUGCCGUUGGAAACGCCAUCUACAACACAGUCUUCCAGGACAGGUUCCGCAAGUACGCCGCGCAGGAGAUCCCAAAAGCAGCUCUAGCCAGUGGACUGAACGCUGCCGAUCUUGGAACCAUUAUCCCAGGAGCUAUCGCCUACAAUCUUGGCGUUCCGCAUUCCCUCGACGGCAUUCAAGGCAUGACCCCUGCGAUUGAGAUGACCCUCCGCACGGCAGUGCGUCUUGCAUAUGGCCGUGCGUUUCAAAUCGUUUUCUACGUUACGAUCCCGUUCGGCGUAUUCGCUCUAAUCUGCUCCUUUUGGAUUGAAGAUCCUGUACCUUACAUGACGAACCAUGUCCAGUCAGCCAUGAAUCGCAACGCCGAAGUAAAGCUUCAUGCGAAGGAUAUCUCCACAGAAGAAAGAAUCGAGGACGUAAAUAUGGACACUAUCCGUGAACCCAAGACUAUCGAUGGAUCCGACUGA